AUGGAUUUCCAUUGGUUUCUAGCCAAUAUUUCUUGUAAACAAUUUUACAGUCGAUAAAAAAUAUAAUAUCGCUUUCUGAAAACCAUUUAUUUUCCGUUGCUUCACGAUACACGGAUACUACGAGUGAUUCUCGGAACUAAAAAUUGCAAAAAUUGAACAAAAUAAACAAGUAUUUCGGUAAUGAAAGCGUUACUACCUCAAUAUUUACAGUUGAUGUCUCUAUCAAUAAUCGCCGCAAACCAAAAAAGCCAGGAACCAAAUUUUCGGGUUCUCCAUGGAGUCGAUGAUUUAUAUAAUGAACACCCUUAUGUGGUCAGUUUGGAAAGCUCACGAAGUCAAUUUUAUGGAUUUGAGAUCUACAGACAUUGUUCAGGAAACCUUCUACAACCCCGAUGGGUUUUGACAACCGCACACUGUAUCAGUGCAAACAUCCGACGGGUGAGGUACGGUGAUAUGACGAUACCUCGCAACACCACUCGGGCACUGAAGAAAGUUAUAAAAGUUGUACCUCAUCCGAGUUACAAAGAAAUGAUAGAUCUAUAUUACAUGAUUAACAACAUUGGUCUUGUAUUGAUAGAAAAAAUAGAAAACAUGAGCACAUUCGCAAAGUUGUCUGCAAUAGAUUAUAAAACGUUCACGGGUGUUAAAGUGAGAUACGCUGGCUUUGGUUUUACAUUUGGGCAUGACGAAGAUUUCCUAAGUCAUAGACAAAAAGAUGAAAGCAAACCCUUGCAAAUAGGUGAAGGAUUAACAGUUCCUUGUUCUAUUGAGACACGAAUUAUACGACCACUUAUUUGUGUACGUCCAAAAUGCGAAAAUAAAGUACAAAAGUCUGCCUCAGGUGAUUCCGGUGGCCCAUUGCUGUUUAAUGGAAAAGUCAUUGCGAUUAUGAGCGGUGGUUAUGGCGUUGAAAGUUUCAAUACACCCGUAAGUCCUUAUUUGGACUGGUUGUCUGAUGUUAUGGAUGAAAAAAUUGAGCCAUUCCCAGUUUAUGUAUAGUGGACAGUGGACAUACAUUAUUAUUUUUGUUUUACGUAUUUGCCAAUUAUUAGUUAUGUGUACUUAUUAGUUAUGUUAUUAUUUAGAAAAUGUCUUAAGAGUUAUUGUAUCUAGAGCAUUUUUUAUUUUGAUAAAAAUACUGCUACAUAAAUAUUUUACUUGAACUACUACCCCAAAGAAAAAUAUAAAUAAAACAAACUGUUAAGUAUCAAAAAGUAAUAUAAAUAAUAACGCAGUAACCUUAUAAAAUAACAUAAAUGAUAAAAAUACUACUUUAAAGUAAAUAUUUGGAAUGUAAAUGUCUUUGGCAGUAAACUCUUACUAGUUCUCAAUUGAUUGGUGGGCGUACUUUUUUGGCAAAACUACCCAUUACGUUUCCAGGAGGGAAGUAGUUUGCUACUACAUAAACUUGUCCUUCUUUUGACUUAGCGAUGCCUACUCCAACUUCCUUGGUGUCUUCCCAAAUUACUUGUGUGAAAUGUCCAGAACCGAGACUGGUUGGCUCCCUGCCAAACGAGUGGUCUUUAAUCUCACUGUACCACUUAUCAACAGGAUCUUUACCAGAUACAGUAAAGUUAGGAUCUGAAGACCAC